AUGGAUAAAUUGUACAGAAAGAACAAGAAAGCUACUAUCUACACCAGAAAAUUUGAAGAUAAUAAUGAAACCUCAAUGUUAAAUGAAGUAAUAAGUCUGUCUAUUUAAAUCUUUACUUUCUGUAGGGUGCAUUGCAAAAUCUUUAAUUCAUUUUUAAUUUUCUCUUAAUUAAUAAUUGACCAGAACCUUCUCUAGAAUAUUUAUAACUAAAUUUACACAAAGUGAUUUUAAGAUAAAUUCCAAGAGUCCAGGAAGUAAAGUUUCAGCUCACAAAGGAAAUUCCUCCACCGGAGAGUAUAAAUUGAGAACUACUCUACAGAGUCCGUUGGAUAAAAAAACAAAAGAUCCUGAAAUAUCAAUUAGAGACGGAAAUAUCACCUUGAGUGAUAAUUCAUACACUAUCAAUACCAUAAAACAAUCAUCUAAAAAUUCAAACAAAAGAGCAUUACUCCCAAGACUUCCUCAAGAACUUCAACGAAAUUUUGAAAAACCUCAUCGGCGGAAAAACUCCUUCAUUACCAACCUAAAAGAGUCAGCAACAAAAAUAGGAAAUUAUAGGUUCAUGUCUCCGAGUCCCAAUUUGACUACUCCUAACAAUCAAUCUCUCAUCCAUCCUCGCUCUAAAAGUAUUUUUGAUGGAUACAAAGGAAAAUCUUCUGAUAAACUCAAAGGACGUUAUCGGACUAAAUCAAAACCUAAUAACUCAUUAAAUCCUUCAUAUGCAUUCAGGCCAGAAUUUAUUGUCACCAAGAAACAGAAAGUAAACAAGGUGAAUCUGAAGAGAUUUGAGAACAAACAAGAGGACAAACUGCACAAAAAUCGUGUUUCUAUCAAUUGCCAGAGCCAUCGUUUAGCCUCCAUAACUCCUAAGAUGAGCAAGAAGCUUCAAAUUUCCCCAAAAAUUAGAGAAAUGUCCCAACUACGAGGGUUGAAAUCUCCAUCUCUAGCAAACAAAUUUGAAAAUAUUCAUUUGAAUACAAGAUUUGGCUCAACCAAAAGAAGAAAGGCUACACCAUAUAUAAACCCAGCUUUGAAAGAGAAGCUAAUAACCAAAGGAAAAGAGAGUAUUUUACAAGCCAACCUGGAGCAGAAAGCCAAUGUCCUAAAUCUUAGUCACCAACUUCUAAAACAAAAAACUGACGAACAUCUUCUUAAACAUAUUAGGGACAGAAGAAACCAGAGUACUCAACCCAUUCGGAAAGCAGAAGAAAUAUGACUUCAUCAGAAAAAUUUAAAUUUUAUCAUAAAUCCUGAUGUUUUACUUUCUCCGGAAGUUAAGGAAAGACCCCAAGAAAAUCAUGUAACACCAAAUCCAUCAAUCAAAUGAGGAAGCCCAAGUAAAAAUCCUCUCAUAAAGGAUCAGAAACACGAUAUAAAUAUGGAGAACUUCAAAACUUCCUUGUCUAAUCUAAAAAUUUCUCCUGACAAUAGAUACAAAAAUAAAAGAAAAAUUUUAAUACCAAGGCCUAUAACUAAAAUCUCAACCAAGACUGGCAAAUUUUCCAAAGAAAGUUGGAAAAUUCCAACUGAAAGCCCAGUAAAGUCCAAUCUAUCGCCUGUAAAAAGCACAAAAACAGCUUGUAAAAUCACUAAAAAUAGAGAAAUCGGCAUCCCCAAUUUUAGCAAAGACAGUGCAAUCAAAGAUAUUGUCAACAAACUCCAAAGUAGUAAGAACAUUACGAGUUUUUACAACACCAAUGAUACCAGCAUGAACGGAGAGAGACUUCUCAAAGGAAUAGGUAGUCAGCAAAUCGAUAUCAACGCUUCGUUACGGCCUGAAAGCAAUGAGCAAGAAGUCAUUAUUAACAAGCAGAAAUCUUCGAAUAUAGUUCAUUUUAAAGCCCUAGGAGAGAGCAAGAAUAGCUACAUUCAGUCAUUAAUGAGCCCAUAUUCUUCUACCAAUAAGGAGAGCCAACCAAACCAAGGAUCCUGUAAAGCCCCUUCCUUUAAAAAGACAAUUGAUAGCCUGAUGCUUACUAAUAAUGUUGUGAACGAAGCAGAUGAAAGCUUCCACGAGGAUGACCUUCUGCGAGAAUCUUCCAAAAUUAUAAAUGACAAGCAAGAGUUUAGCUUUGACCAGCCAAAACUUUCUGACUCUUAUGAAGACUGAAAAAGAGAGAAGCAUAAAGGAAGAUACUCAGAAACAAGUCAGAAUGAAUCGUGCCAUAAUUCUGAUCUUAAUCUACUCUCAGAUACAUUUCUUAAAAUUGACAAGGAUUUCAGUCCCAAACUUAAGUUGAUACAGAAGCCAAAAUUAGAUUUUUCAAAAGAAGUCACGCUUCCUGACAAACCAAAGAAUUACAUAAACCUACAAGAAGAUCAAGAUGAUGUUCUUCAAUCAGAUAAUGAGGUUGAAAUUCUCCCAAGCCCUAUCAAAAAGCCAAUAAAGAAAUCAUUUGACUCAAUUCCUCUAAGAAUUAUUCCCCAGGAAGACUCCAAGGCUAGCCCUGAGAAGAAAAUUGAGCUAGAAGAUUUCGAUGACUCAAUUAUCAUCACUAACGACCAAGUUGAUUCUGAUCCAACAGAAAAAUAUAGCCGUAGCCCUCUUUCUGCUCAUAAUAUGCUAGGCAAUGAGUUUGAGACAAGCUUAACCAAAAAUAGAGAUAAUCCUUCAGUUGACAAUUUGAAGCUAUUGGAUCAAGAAACAUGAGAAGAGCCAAGCCAACGGUGACCUACACCAGAAGCUGAGUUAGCAUUUACUCCUCGACAAGUAUUCUUCCUGAAUCAAGAGAAGCAGCUUGGAAUUUUACCAUAAUUGAGCUUAUGAAUCUUUCAAUAUGUUAUAAA